AUGUUAACAAAUAUUAUAAAGGGAGACGCCUACAUGCAUCUUUAUAGAAUCGUUAACAAAAAUAUAAUAGGACUGAAAAUAAACGUACAGCCAAAUGUAAAUUUUGAUCUUAAAUAUCUGUGCAAAGUGUAUGACGAUCUGUGUUCUUGUACUCAAUUAUUACAAAAAAUACACAGCUUACAGGUUAUGCUUACAAUAUGGUUAAUGUUUUCAAGUGCAGUGAGCGCUGUAGCUUUGAUAAGUUCGGAACAGACGAAACAUCCAUGGUUAGAUUUCGUGCAGGGUCUGUUGCCCUUCGUCUGGUACAGCAUUGGGUGUUAUUUGGACGAUCAGAUACGCAAAGAGGUUGAACGCACUGAUCUUGUUAUCAUAAAGCAUCUGAUAGACUUCCAAUGCGAUCAAAAUACAAAAGAAGUUCUUAGCGUUUUUAAGCAAGCGAUUAGUAUAAAUAGUUUAGAGUUCACGGCUGGGAAUCUUUUCCGGCUAAACUAUGCCUCCAUGUUGGGUACAGUUGUUAGUGUGAUCACUUAUAGCAUUAUGGUCAUCCAACUGUUUUAG